GUUUGAUCCCUUGCGACGAUGGCUUCUCACCUUAAACAUGCCACUCCAAAGCAGCCCGUUCUUCAGCGGCCGCCUCUUCCUAAAACUCACAUGAACCCCCUCAUCGUCGCACUCGAACCAGCCAAAGUACCACCUGUUAAGUUCCAAGAGAUUGUUAGAGAUGGGCAGGCUACCAUCGUCGCUCGGAUGAAGAUCCCUACGCCUUCGGGCCAUGCUUUCAUCCUACGCAGACUAGACACGGGUGCCAUCAGCCUCACCACUAUGUUCAGAACUGCCUUCCCCACGGCCCCCGAAGAUGUCGAGCGCAAGGAGGCCGCUUGGGUCAAGGCAACCUACGACACCUCGGGCGCGAACAAGUCAGGGAAGGCUCGCUUUGCAGGCACGUGGGUCAACCCAGACGUUGCCCUCGAGAUCGCGAAGGAUUACAACCUUGAACCGGUCAUUGUACCGCUUGCCGAUGCCUCUCCGGACCCGAACAUGGUCUACCGCAAGUCUCAGAAGCUGCUUCAGCAGCAGCCCACGCCCGUGGCUUCUCCAGUCGCGCAUACUGGUGCCGCAGCACGAGACGCCGCGCCUCCUGCCAAACGGCGACGGGAUGCCUCACCUACAGCGUCUGCUACGCUUGUGAACCCCUCGGCCGAGACGGGCGCCACACCUGCAAGACGUUCUACACGGCAGCGGAGCCCUGCGACCGUGACUCCGGCGGCGAAGACUCCGAAGACUCCGAAGACGAUCAAGGCUGUCCACGAACACCUUGUUAGCAUCCAUACUAACUCAGAUGAGACCGCUGUUGAAGAGGAGGACAUGGAGAUAGUGAAGGUUGCGCAGCCGAACGUGGAAGAGGACGUCCGCGAGCAGAAAGAGCUUGUCGAGCGGCUCAAGGCCGAUCGGUCGGCGGCUGAGGCGUCGCAGAUGCUCGCCGUAGAGGGGUCUACUCAGAGUGUGGCGCCGAAACGGGAGAGGGAAGACGAGAAGGUCGAGUACAAGCUGGACAUCAAGGAGCCAGAGACGGAGGAGCGCGCGGUCGUCAGCAACAGCCGUGUCCGGGUGCAGAUGCCGCCAGAGCGCAAAUCGCUUGCGUGGGGUGCCCUACUAUUCGCUGCUGGUUUAGGCGCAGUGACGUUUUUGCCCAGCCUGCCCGGCCUCUUUUAGUACAGUCAACCUUUCUUGGAUCUUACGGUAAUGUGACUUUGCAUCUUCCCUGUGCCAUCCAUCUCGCUCGUUGUCCCUCUUGCUCGUGUUCACACUUUUGGCACGUGUCUACUUCCCACGCACGCUGCUACCAGGAGUGAGCUGCAGUUAGCCACCGUGCAUGACACAGGUAGUGACUGUUCUUCGCCCUCAUAUUUCCUUGAUUUCGCCUUCCAUCCAUAGUUCGGCUUGAGGUCUUAGUUCGGCUGCGACUUGUUAUUAUCUCCUAAGUUGUGCGAACUGCGUAACUGGUUUUGAGCUC